AGGGAAUCAGAAACGGCACCAACCUCCUCACUGCAUCCCAUUCUGGCAUCUGCAAAAAAGACACAAUCACCUUUUGUCAUUAAGCAACACCGAUCGGAAAAGAAGCAUGAAAAGGCUCACGAUGGAUUUUUGGAGACGGGUUUUUAAGAAGCAGAUGAAUGAGGUGAAGCCAAAUGAUAUAUGGAGGCUGACAAUGGAUCCGAGGCUUGACUUCCGCAGUGUGGAACCUGGAUGGACGGAAACAUUUCAGGAGCAUGCUCAUGGAAGAUUUACCUGUUCCGGAUGCUCCCACAGCUGGUCCUCGCACCAAGUUCUUAUCUUGUUCCACAUGCAAUGGGAGAGUUCUGAGAGGCGAGGACACGUCAAGAUGAAGCCAUUCGGUCAACGGUGCCACGAAUGCUCUCUGGACACGUACAAAGAGCCACAGUUCUCAGAGGGUGAUGUUGAGGACAUCUUGAAAGACUUGAUCCUUGACAUCAGGGAGAAUUGCUAUGGGGAGCAGGUUGACCGCAGUCAGCUCUCUAGGGUGGUCUGUCACGAGGGUGGUCCGCAUAUGCGUGAGUUUUGUGAAGGGUGCCAGCUGGGAAUCCACAAAGGGCCACAAGGGCGGUCGAAGCAAGCAAAGCACCAUGGGAAACCCCAAAGCACAGGGUAUCCGGCGGCCAUUAUACAGAUAGAAACACCAAGCCCAUCAUUCCCCAGGCCCUCAGUCCCAUCAUUCACAUGGUCCUCAGCCCCAGCAAUCACAGGGUCCUCAGCCCCAUCAUUCACAGGGUCCUCUGUCCCUAUACAGAGUUGUAAUUGCUGCCUUUGUUUUAUAAUUCUAAUUCUAAUUAUAAUUUUAAUAGUCUGGUUCUGGGGAUAGCAGAGCAGGUGGUGUAUUUAAACUGCAAUGGAAAUUGAGGCACCACCCCUUGCUGGCUUGGCCUGGCUGCCGCGACUUUAAAAGCCCUGCCGCCUCCUGUACGAAAGCUGUCCAACGUCUGCAAAUGCUUUUCUGUAUUCUGAAACCAUUACGCCAGUGGCAAA